CUUAUGUUGACUUUCCAUUAUCAUCAAAAGCUUGCCAUUUAUGUCUCAAGCUGCAAAAAUGGCUGUUUUCUGAUCAGUUCUCACCAAUCAAUGCAGGGAAAGGUAUAUACUCAACAUAAAGAGGAUGAUGAUAAUGGGAGCAUCAAGCCAUUUCUUGUCUGCUUUUUUCCCAAGUGCUUUGGCAUUGACAUUGACUCUUCUACUUCCUGUUCGAGCUUUGGAUCAAUCAGGCUUCAUUAGUUUAGACUGUGGAUCACCAGAAGGUACAAGAUAUACUGAAACAUCAAACAAUAUUAGCUAUGUUUCUGAUGCACCCUAUGUAAAAAGUGGAGUAAGUGAAAGCAUAGGUUCUAGAUUUGGAUCUAAUAAUGAUCCAUUUCCAAGGCAAUUGAAGACUCUUAGAAGCUUCCCUCAAGGAAUCAGGAACUGUUACAAUGUAAGCAUUGUAAAUGGUACUAAAUAUUUGAUUCGAGCGAGUUUCUUGUACGAGAAUUACGACGGCCUGAAUUUGCUGCCAGAAUUUGAUAUCUAUAUUGGGAAUAGCUUCUGGGAGAGAGUAAACUUCAUUGACAUACACACGGAACCUUUCAUUGAGCUCAUACAUAUUACCUCCUCAAAUGAAGUUCAUAUGUGUUUCAUCAAUAUAGGGAAUGGAGUGCCAAUUAUUUCAUCCUUAGAAUUUAGACCCUUACUUAACAUCACUUAUCAAGCAGUUUCCGGAUCCUUAUCACUUCAGUCUCGAUUCGACUUCGGUCCAUCAGUUAACCAAAAAUACAGAUUCCCUAUCGAUGCUUACGAUCGAAUUUGGUCGACGAUUAACUACAACGACCAAGAACCAGUUAGAGCCAGUGCCACAACAGGUGUUGUUGAGCAGAACAAUUAUCAAGUUCCAUCCAUUGUGAUGAAAACUGCUUCCACUGUAAACGAGAUCAGGUGGAAUACAAAAAACUCGUCUAAAUAUUAUGUGUUUAUGCACUUUGCUGAAGUUGUUGAGCUUCAACCCAACCAAAGCAGAGUGUUCAAUAUCACCUACAAUGGGAAUUUUUUUUAUGGACCUCUAAUUCCAAGUUACUUGUCCACACUAACUGUUUCCAAUGGAGAUCCAUUGGAUGCAGCAAAUUUACAUUUAUUUUCUUUCGUUUCAACCGACAACGCAACGCUGCCUCCCAUCAUCAAUGCGCUCGAGGUAUAUUAUGUGAAAGACAUAAUAGAAUUGGAAACAAAUCAAGGAGAUGUGAAUGCAAUUACCAAUAUAAGGUCAACUUAUGGGAUAAAGAGGGAUUGGCAAGGAGAUCCAUGUGUGCCAACGGGAUACCCUUGGAGUGGAUUGACUUGUAGCAAUGCAACUGCUCCAAGAAUCAUUUACUUGAAUCUAUCAGCAAGUGGAUUGACAGGUGAAAUAUCCUCUUACAUAUCAAAUCUAACAAUGUUGCAAACUCUGGACUUGUCCUACAAUGAGUUGACUGGAGAGCUGCCAGAAUUCUUAACAAAUUCGCCAAAUUUAAGAGUUCUCAUUUUAACCAGCAACAAGCUCACAGGCUCAGUUCCUGAAGUUCUCUUGCAAAGGGCUGAAGCUAAAUCACUCACUUUAAGUGUUGGUGAAAAUCCAGAUCUUUGUACAUCACUUAGAUGUGAUAACAAGAAGAACAAGUACUUGGUUCUUAUAAUUCUCUCCACUAUUGUAGCUGUGCUCUUACCUAUCCUAAUGGUUACUCUUGUACUCUACAAAAGAAGAAAACAAAGAGAACAUCUCAAAAGAUCAAUACAAGAAAGAUUGCUUAAAUCAAAGAACCAACAGGUUCACUACUCUGAGAUAUUGGUUAUAACAGAGAACUUGAAAACAACUAUAGGAGAAGGAGGAUUUGGAAAAGUAUAUUUGGGUGUACUGAGUGACAAAAUUCAAGUUGCUAUCAAGUUGCUGUCUGCAUCGUCACGGCAAGGCGCCAAAGAAUUCAAAGCAGAGGCUCAAAUAUUAACCAUUGUUCAUCAUAGAAAUCUGGUUUCUCUCAUUGGUUACUGUGAUGAGGCCGAGAACAAGGCUCUCAUUUAUGAAUUUAUGGCUAAUGGAAAUCUACGCAAACAUCUAUCUGAUUCAAGCACAACAGUUUUGAGUUGGAUGCAAAGACUCCAAAUUGCAGUUGAUGCAGCAAAAGGGCUGGAAUAUUUGCACAAUUGUUGCAAACCACCUAUACUUCAUAGAGACUUGAAGACUUCAAAUAUCUUAUUGAAUGAAAAUUUGGAAGCUAAAAUAUCAGAUUUUGGACUCUCCAGGAUAUUUGCAAAUGAAAAUGAUACUCAUUUGGCCACACGCCCUGCUGGCACCUUUGGAUAUCUUGACCCUACGAUUCAUUUAUGUGGAAACUUCAGCAAGAAAAGUGAUAUAUACAGUUUUGGGAUUGUGUUAUUUGAGCUGAUAAGUGGAAAGGCAGUGAUAAUGAAGAGUUCAGAAAAUGAGAUACACAUAGUGGAUUGGGCAAAGGCUUUGAUUUUAGAAGGUAACAGCCAAAGCAUUGUGGAUCAAAGGUUAGAAGGCUGCAUUGAAAGCUGUUCAGCUACAAAAUUUAUGGAGCUAGCUUUGUGUUGCACACUCCCAACUUCAUCACAAAGGCCUGAAAUGAGUGAUGUGGUGAAACAACUCAUUGAAUGUCAAGAAAUGGCUCACAAUAGAACCACCUCACAUAGGCCACCUAAUAAUCUCAACUUUUCUUACACUUCAAUUGGUUCUGAUUCAAUUUUAAGUCCUAGAUAGAAACUCAUAAACAAAUUAUAUCAUUCUUUUCUUUUGAUUGCUGUCUUCAAGUUUCUAUCCAUUAUUUUA